GGCUCGGGGCUCGGCUCCGGGAGAGCUCGGGCGGGAGCCCGGAUAGCGCCGCGCGGGGACCUCAACCCAGACCCCAGCGUCCCGCCGCCUCUGCCCCGUCCUGCCCCGCCCCCUGCCCCGCCCCUUUCCAGCCCGCCCCACCCCCUCUACGCCCCUCCACCCGGACCCGCCCCCAGUGCAGCCCCCCGCCCCCGCUACCCGGACCCCGCCCCCUCCCCCCUGGCCCUCAUCACCGGUCCAGGGAGGGGACGGCGGGACAGGCGGGACUAGUGGGACCGGCGGGAGGGCGGACCGGGCGGGGAUAUGGCCGCGGCGCCCGGAGGGUCUGCACCGCCCGCCGGCCCCGGCCCGCGCCUAGGUUUCAGCACCGCGGACAGCGGCGUCGGCAUGAGCGGGCUAAACCCCGGUCCUGCCGUGCCCAUGAAGGACCACGACGCCAUCAAGCUCUUCGUGGGGCAGAUCCCGCGGGGCUUGGACGAGCAGGACCUCAAGCCGCUGUUCGAGGAAUUCGGCCGCAUCUACGAGCUGACGGUGCUGAAGGACCGGCUCACCGGCCUCCACAAAGGCUGUGCCUUCCUCACCUACUGCGCCCGGGACUCUGCUCUCAAGGCCCAGAGUGCACUGCACGAGCAGAAGACCCUGCCAGGGAUGAAUCGUCCGAUCCAAGUGAAGCCGGCUGCCAGUGAGGGCCGAGGAGAGGACCGAAAGCUGUUUGUGGGGAUGCUGGGGAAGCAGCAGGGUGAGGAGGACGUCAGACGCCUGUUCCAGCCCUUUGGCCAUAUCGAGGAGUGCACCGUCUUGCGAAGCCCUGAUGGCACCAGUAAAGGCUGUGCCUUUGUGAAGUUCGGGAGUCAGGGGGAAGCUCAGGCAGCUAUCCAGAGUCUGCAUGGCAGCCGGACCAUGGCGGGCGCCUCGUCCAGCCUCGUGGUCAAACUGGCGGACACAGACCGGGAGCGCGCGCUACGGCGGAUGCAGCAGAUGGCCGGCCAGCUGGGCGCCUUCCACCCAGCACCGCUGCCGCUGGGGGCGUGCGGAGCCUACACCACUGCGAUCCUGCAACACCAGGCAGCCCUGCUGGCAGCGGCACAGGGCCCAGGCCUAGGCCCGGUGGCCGCAGUGGCGGCCCAGAUGCAGCACGUGGCGGCUUUCAGCCUGGUGGCGGCGCCGCUGUUGCCCGCCGCAGCAGCCAGCUCCCCGCCUGGCGGUGGCCCAGGCUCGCUUCCGGGUCUGCCAGCGCCCAUCGGGGUCAAUGGAUUUGGCCCCCUAACUCCCCAGACCAACGGGCAGCCCGGAUCUGACAGUCUCUACAAUAACGGGCUCUCCCCUUACCCAGCCCAGAGCCCUGGCGUGGCUGACCCCCUGCAGCAGGCCUACGCUGGGAUGCACCACUACGCAGCAGCCUACCCAUCGGCCUAUGCCCCAGUGAGCACAGCUUUUCCCCAGCAGUCUUCAGCCCUGCCCCAGCAGCAAAGAGAAGGCCCAGAAGGCUGUAACCUCUUCAUCUAUCACCUGCCUCAGGAGUUUGGUGAUGCAGAACUCAUACAGACAUUCCUGCCCUUUGGAGCUGUUGUGUCUGCCAAAGUCUUUGUGGACCGAGCCACCAACCAGAGCAAAUGCUUCGGGUUUGUUAGCUUUGACAAUCCAACCAGUGCCCAGACAGCUAUUCAGGCCAUGAAUGGCUUUCAAAUUGGCAUGAAGAGGCUCAAGGUCCAGCUAAAGAGGCCCAAGGAUGCCAAUCGGCCUUACUGAUCUUCUCUCACUGACCAGCCACAGAAAGAAACUGAAGAGUGAGAAGAAAGGAAAGGAAAAAGCACAGAAAUGCUUGAGCAGCCCUUCCUGAAGGAGCAGCCACGGAUGGAGGUGGAUCGGACCCCAGGCCGGCGCCUGGGGCUCAGGCCACAUUAAGGAUCGUUUUCAUCAAGUGGGUUGUCCCGUGCCUGUGGCUUAGAGCGCAGGCUGGCAAGGCAGCUGGGGCUGGCUGAGGACUGACUGUCUAGGGGAACCAGCAGAGGGCCUUGGGGGUGCCAAGGGCUUCUCUGCAAGGGAAGCCCAGAUUUACUUCUUUCAAAAUCAUAUCAUUCCUUAGAGUUUAGGGACCAAAGGACUAUUGCUUUUUUAAGAAUAUAAAUAUAUCUAUAUAAAUUAAAAGAAGGAAACAGAAAAUAAAAACAAAAGAAAAGGAAAAAACCACAAGAGAAACAAAAAGACAGUAUAGAGUCUCAUACAAGUUGCCUUUAAAUAUCCCUAGGAGACAGGGUGAAGGAGAUCCAUAAAAGCCCAGCCUAGGCAGAGGGAGGCUGUGGAAAGAGUGUUCUGUGUCUCAUUCCCUCUUAAAUCCCCCCCCCUUUUAAAAAUAAUGAAGGACUUAACGUCUAGGGGUAGGCUCCCAUGCAGGCAACAAAGAGAGUUAUGGAAGCAGGGAACCCACAAUCCCCCAACUCAGAGAAUAUCCCUGAAGCCAGGAGGAGCUCUGGCCUGACCUGGCCUUUGCCAUCCUGAGGGGCCCACUGGCCAGCAGGAGUGUCCUUGACAGCCUUUUCCGUGGAACCACUGCUUCCCCAGACAGGAAGAGGGAGUUUUAACCACCCCAGGAUUUCCCUUUCCCAUCUGGAUAGACAGAGGCCCUGCCUCUGGCUGAGCCGAGACACCUCCUGUUUCCCCUCACCUUGAGCCAGUCCCAGUGUCCCCUUGCUCCAGGCCACCUUCUGUCUCCAAGUCUAUGUUUGCCCACCUGUAAAGUAGAUCCAGGAUAUACCUAGAGGGCUGUGACAACAGACUCGGAAGAUUUGCUACUGUAUAUACUGCCAUUGAGAAGGGGAUCAUUUUCAAUAUGUAGAAGCUUCAGAAUUUAGAGGUCCCUCUUUACCCAGGACCUGGGAGGGAAGUAGAUGUUUUGCCAAAAUACUUCUUCAUUCCUUUAAAAAGUACAUCUUUCCUAUGCAAGAGUGUCUCACAUGUGCUUAUCCAAGGUGCUUCUAGAUGGUGAGCAGUGUUCAGCUUAGAAGUGGUGUGUGCUCUGUCUGUCUUUGUCUCUCUGUUGUAUUCAGUGGGUGCCAUAUAAAACUGAUCAAUGGUGGUGCUUCCUGCCUGCUUCUGUGAGAUGGGCAAAAGAUUCAGCUUAGAACACCAUGACUCACCUUGCCUUGGUCAGCCUGUCCUGGGCCUGUAGGGCCUUGCACAUAUUUUCCCCAGGAGGUUAAUUUCCCCUCCACCUCAUAGACAUGGAUCAAAGUAGUAUGGGGCCCCAGCUGUGUGGUGGGCACUCUGAUCCCCAGAUGUCGCUGAGGCUGGAGGCCUCUGAUCUGCUAUCACAUCAGGUAGUAAAGGAAAGGAUGUGGGGGUGGGGUUGGAGGGUUCCUCCUUCAUAACAGUUUCUAAGAAAACUUGUUCCCACCUGU